GCUAUAACAUGGCGGAUGAUCACGAUCAUUUUAUUUUAGUUAUUUAUUUGUUGAGAAAGUCGAUAUGAGCGACAGAAACAGAAACAAGUUACCAAAUAACUUACCUCAGUUGCAGAAUUUGGUGAAGAGGGAUCCUGAUUCGUAUAAGGAAGAGGUAAGUGUGUGAUCGGGCGCGUGUAUAUGGCAGCAUUCCGAGCUCUCGGAACAUACACGUGUUCUGUAUUCAUCGUCAUCAUCAUCAUCAUCAGGUCGAGCUUGCUCGGUAUUCCAUGACACGCUCCCUCCAUCUUUCUCUGUCUUCCAUUGCAAUUGGUAGUUCUUCAAGUCUGCAUCCUGAGUCAUCCAUCAAUUGGUCAAUGUAGGUCUUUUUUGGGCGUCCUCUCGGCUGAUGUCCAUGUGUUGGCUUCCAGAGUAAUACAUCCCUGGGAAUCUCAUCCUUUGUUGCUGUAGCGAUUUACUGAUUGGCGGGAUGUGGCCGUAGAGCUCUUCGUUUGUGGUCCUUACACGAUCUGUUUAAGGCAGUGCGUAGCAUUCUGGUGUAUGCUCCGUCGAUUUUCUUUUCCAGAUGUGUUGUUAAGGUCCAGGAGACUGAACCAUAUAAAAGGACGGUAUCCACUGCUGCUGGAAAGAAGUUGCUUUUCAGGUUGUCUGGAAGGUUUGAUUUCCAUAUCUUGUCCAGUUCAUCUAGAGCAUCCCACGCCUUUCCUAGUCUGAUUUUAACAUCAUGUUCGGUAGAGGCAAUGUAGUUUCCUAGGUAUUUAAAAUCUUCCACUUGCUUUCUUUUCUCACCAUUGAGACUCUUCAUCCCUUCUGACACAUCUUGAUUGAAGCAGAUGAACUCUGUUUUAUCUGCAUUGAGUUAGAGCCCUAUCUCCUUUGCUGUUCUUAGAACCAGGAUUUGAAAUGGAUGUUGAUUAAUUCUUUUUUCUUGAGUAUCUAAAUAUUCCAUGGGUAUUUGAACCAGCAAGUGAUUUUCCAAGUGGUCACAGAAUAUGAGAUCCUGGUAAUUUGGUAGGGUGAUCUUGGAACACUGUGUCUAUCAAGGUUUUCUUUGGUUAUAUUUCGUUCAUUUAAUUUCAUGACCAAGAGAGAAUUUCUCCUUACUAUACCUAUCCAAUAUCAUUCAUGCCGACAAGUGAUGAGGAUAAAGAAAAAUAUCAAUAUAUCAAGUAUCAAGUCAAAUAUCAAAAUAUCAAGUACAUUCGACUGACAACAACCUUUCACUUGACUCUGAUGAUGACUUCUGCUCAGGUUGUUGAAACGUCAGUCACCACUACCGACAACAGUCCUUCUCAGGACUACACUCACCCGGACGAUCAAACUACACUAUUAGGGGAUUGUUAGUUGUUAAAAUACCAAAUUCUCCAUACUAACAGCAUAGGAAUUGUAUGAUAGACAGCUGGAAGAAUUUGUAAAGAGAUCUUGGCAAUGAAAGGGUUAGAUCUAUGACCUGCAGAUGCAUCCAUCCUUGUACAAAGUUUUGGAUCAGAUACAAAACACUUAAUACCCUCAUUGGAAAGGCUGUGUUAAGGUGUUGUCAAGCUUGCUCCUUUGAAAUAUUUCACUUUGAUCCUUGACGUCCAUGCGAUUUGUACAUGCAUGCACGUUUGGGAAAGAUCUCUUCAUAACCCUAUACUGAUCUAAUUGUUUUGGUCAUUGUUUUCUUUAUCUAAGAACUGUAUGUAUAUUGAGGUAUGGAGCUGUGUGCAAAUCUUACCAGUGUAUGUAAUAUAAUGGUGGAAUUAUCUGGAUUGUGAAUUAAAGUAACAUGUUUGUUCUUGUUUUACUGUUUUUAUCAUAGUUUGGUCAGCAGUUCCGGCACUAUGAAUCAAAUCUUCAGAUCUUUAAGCUUGAUCCAUCCAGUGCUAACAAAACCUUAGCUGAUUUGGUUAUGUUUCUCAGCCAGGUAAAGUUUAUGCAUAAUGAAUGCAGGCAAGUAUAUUUGUUGUGGGAGAUAUGGUAAUCCAACAGUUAGUUUGCAGGACUCAGUUUUAACCCCUUAAGUUUGGUCCUAUAAUAAACUACUUACUUGCUUGUGUGGGCUGUACUGGGGAAUGUGCUAAAUUUUGGAAGUCUUUAAACAGACCGUGCUGGGCUUGGUCUGUACUGCCUCAACCUCAGGCCAACAUUCCCCAGUACAGCCCUCAUGAUUUAUUUAUUUAAUAAGAAGCUGGUAUUUACUUUGUGAAGUAUUACUCUUGCAUUUAAACAUAUUUUGUUGUAUUUUUAGGUUGCGCACUGCUACACAUAUGAACUGAAAAAUUUCCCUCAGGAACUUAUUGAUGUCUUGCAAAGACAUCACAGUGUUAUGGAUGCUGAGCUCAGAAUGGUACAGUAAUUUUAAUGUUUAUUGGCAUGGAUGUAUGAUAGACAUCAUUUAUACCUGAUAAUUUGGGACUGAGUAGCAUAGGCUGGUUUACUUCUAGAAGUAUCUCAAAGUUGUUUUGGUGAUUUUGAUUGGUACCUCUGAUGACAAAGAAGGACAACUCACAAUCAAAAACUCACCAACAUGUCUAGCCAGCUUGUUUUGUAAUGUGUGUUUCCAUGUAUGAAACAUUUUUUGCAGACACUUUGUAGAGCUCUUAUUCUCCUUCGAAACAAGAACUUACUGUCACCAACAAGGUAGAGGCAAUUUGUUUAAUACUUUAAUUCCAUUAUAUACCCCAAAAUUGUAUUAAUUUUAAUAAUUAUCCAUAUCCCAUUAAAUAAGAAGACAAAUCACACAGUCCAAAAUUUCUCCUAGUAUCUGUUUGGAGCACUUUACCAGGUAGCUACAAGAGGGACCAGCAUGGUGAUUGGGGAGGUCUGCUAGUAUUUAUUUCAAUUUUUGUGCAGUAGUCUUUUCGUUAGUGCUUCCUGUUCCUACACUAAGUUCUAGAAUUGAAUCUUACAUACAGAACCACUCAAUUCUAGAUGACAGUCCCUUGAAAUUUGAGCUUCCAAACUUUAUUCUUGUUUCUCUGGACUUCUGAAUGAAUGCUUGAGUUCUAAGGAUGGAAAUCUCACAUUUGAGUUGUACUGUAUGCAUGAUCAUAGUAGAAACCACACUGACUAUUCCUAUACAUGCCAUCUGUUGAAAUUAUUUUGACCAUUACAAUUGACUACAUUUUGAUGAAGAGGAAUUUAUUCAACUGUGUAAACUAACUGGCACUGGAAUUGAGGCUGCACUCUAACCCUCAACACGAUAAGAUCAGUGUGCAUAUUCUCCAUACUGCUCUUAAUACAUUUCCUAAGGUGCUAACUUGGAGAAUUUGUUUAAUAUCAAGAGCCUCUUUAGUUGCUGAUCAUUUCAUUUAUUCUUGUGAUGUUAGUGUGUGAUUUUGGGGUGAUGUUGUAAGAAGAAGUAGUAAUAUUAUCGUCACUCUUGGGGGAAAGGGUUAAGAGAGCUAAUCAUAGAUAUUUUUUGUUCCUAUUCCUCAGUCUCCUAGAGCUCUUUUUUGCAUUGUUCAGAUGUAAAGAUAAAUUACUGAGGCAGGUGUUGUACAGUCACAUUGUCUCAGACAUCAAGAAUAUAAAUGCCAAACACAAGAAUAAUAAAGUUAAUAAUGUGAGUAAUAAAUUGCUGUACAUUAGUUAGAAAUGUAGGUGAAACUUAGAAUCAUGGUCUUUUUUUGGAACUGCAAAAAUCAAUAACGAUGAUAAUCAUAGUAACAAUAUUACCAGUAACAGAUCCAUGAUUAUUAUCCUUUUGUCAUGGUAUUGGGCAGAUUCAUGAAAUAACCUUUAGAACAUUUUGACUUUGCACUGAAUGACAUUUAGUCUGACUUACUACCAGUAAUGACUGAUAGACUGACUAGCUAAUGGACUGACUGACUGACUGACUGACUGACUGACAUACUGACUGACUGACUGACUGACAUACUGACUGAAUGACCGACUGACUGACUGAUUGGCUGACUGAUUGAUGAACUGACAGAUGGACUGACUGACUUACUGAAUGACUGACUGAUGGACUGAAUGACAGACUGACUGAUUGGCUGACUGACUGACUGACUGACUGACAGAUUAACUGACAGACUGACUGACUGACUGACUGACCAAUGGAGUGACUGACUGACUGACCAAUGGACUGACUGACCAACAGACUGACUGACUGAUGGACUGACGGACUGGCUGACUGACUGAUUGGCUGACUGACUGACUGACUAGCUCACUAACUGACUGGGUGACAGACUGACUGACCAGCUGACUAUCCAAUAAGUAAAGGGGGUGGGAGAGUAUAACUGGGUAAUUAAGAAUUAUCAACUCAGUUGAAAAUGUGAAGUGGCCACUGUAAAGAGUUUGAAAACUGACAUUUUUAGUGUUAGCCCUUUGUGAGAGUGAAUGACGAAGGUUUAAUGCUCAAAAUGUCACCUUUAAAACUCUUUACGGUGGCCAAUUUAUGUUAUCAACUCAGUUGUUAAUACUUAUUUAUCCUGACUAUCCAAAGGAUUGGUUAGAUAUACUGAGUGAGUAACUACCCAACUGACUGACUGCUCACUUACGUUUGUAUUGACUGACUGACUAACUGAGUAAAGGAUUGACAAAAUGACUGACAGUUUGAUGUGCUGAUUGACUCUUUGACUGAAUGACCACCUGACUGACUCAGAUAGGCUUGGUUAUUGAUUCUAUGGCUAUUAUAGGUAAAGUCUAUGAGACAAGUGGCCCAUCCAGCUGGGGCUUAAACCCAGUUUCUAUAGCAUGAAGUGACUAGGACUGUUACCACUCUCCCCUGGAUGGGAUGUUACUCCAUCACAUGGUUACCCCCUAGCAUUUCAUCAGGCUUCCCUUUCAGUUUUUCAGUGCCCAUUUCUACUCCUGGGUGGAGAGAGGUACCAUGCCCAAGAACAGCUUACAAUGACCAGGCCAGGAAUUGAACCCAGAUCUCUUGACACAAAGUCCAAGGCCCAAAGCCUCUUCCACUUGUGACUUGUGGGCUGACUGAUUUCACCCAAGUAAUUGAUUGGAAAGGACUUGUAAAUUAAUUUAUUCAUUGACAAACUGAUUGACCUAACAACUGAUCAAUUGAUUAGUGGUUUGAUUUAUUGAUUAAUCAGUCAUAUGUAAUGACUUUCACCUUUCAUUUUACUUCAGACUCUACAAAACUUCAUGUACACAAUGCUGCGAGACAGUAAUGUUUUAGCUGCAAAGAAAUCGUUGGAUGUGAUGGUGGAACUUUACAGAAAGAAUGUUUGGAAUGAUGCAAAAACAGUCAAUGUCAUUACAACAGCUUGCUUUUCAACUGUUACAAAGGUAGUUACUUUAUAUGAAUCAAAUAAAAGCCUUUAGAAGUGUUUAGUAUUGAAAAAGCAUCAAUUUUAAGCUUUAAGCACUCAACUCUUUGACCCCCUAAGAGAGACUUGCAUCUAAUUUCUCGUCACAAUAUCACCCUUGAAUCAAGCAUUCAGAUCACAAUAAUAAAGGAAAUGAUCACCAAAUAAAGAAGCUCUUGAUUGUUAAACAAAUUCUCCGUGUCAGCACCUUAGGAAAUUUAUAAGGAACAGUAGGGAGAACAUGUACUUUGAUGCUAUGGUGUAAAGAGUGAAUCGUAUUUCUCAAACGGUGAUUUGGACUGAUAUUCCUCAAAGGAGAUGCUGAAGAAUACUUUUUGGAGAAGAGUAUUGUACUAAUUCCAGAAUAAAGAAAAGGUAUAACAAUGCAACUGUGGAUUACUUGUGACACUCAAUUGGAAUUCCCUCUGUAUAUCUUGCUCGGUGCAAAUUCUUGCGCUGGUAAAUUAGUCAGAUUUGUGAUUUAUUUUUUUAUUUUGGUGCCUUUAGAUUGUGGUUGCAGCUCUGACAUUUUUUCUCGGCAAAGAUGAAGAAAAUAAAGAGAAGGAUGACAGUGACAGUGACCAAGAGGUAACAGUACUUUCUAUUAACCCUGUAAGUCCCCAGAUCUGAUUUUUAAUUCUCCCCUCCAGCUGUAACACAUCUUCUUGUAAAUUAGUUACGAGAAUUUGGUGUUGGAUCAAGAUAACAACUUCCACCUGAUUAGUUUGAGUAUUCUUACUACCUGUGUGCAGGUUAAUGUAUAGAUAUUAUAGGGAGAACUUACAUGCUAAUCACUUCUGGGAAUUAAAGGGUUGAAGUACUGGGCCCAGUUGUUUGAAGGCCGAUUAACACUAACCCAUGGUUAAAUUUUAAUCUGGGUUUCUUUGUUCCCUUAUUCUAAAGCCUUUUGGGAUAAUGUCCUGUGUUCUUUUUAGAGCAUCAAAGAGUCAUAUUAUAGACAAAAAUAAUUCUACGGAAUUUUCUUUUAAAGCUCUCAGAUCUGAAAUCUUCACACUAACCUUGGGUUAUCCUAACCCAGCUUUGAACAACCCGGCCGUGGUCUUUACUUAUCACCUGGAGGGAGGGGAGGUGGGGUGUGCGCUCUGUUACAUUCCUAUGACACCCCUCCUCAUUGGCAGUUAAUUUGCAGUCAGUUUUCUUUAGUUCCCUCCCCUUUAUUCUCUGUUGGCGACGACUGAUUUUCCCCCCCGUUCCUCUUGAUGACCAUGUGAUGCCCUCCCCCCUCAAAAAAAAAAAAAAAUUUAAAAAAUCCUCGUUCUUAAAGGCAGAAAUUCUAAUCGCUAAGGUACAUGUACUACAUUCCCAUUGCCAGUCUUGGAAUUGUAACGAUAAUUUACAUAUACUGUAGAAAUUCAUUUUGAUAAAAUUUCACCAGUUGGACCAGUCUGCUGUUCGAAGGAUGCUCCAUGCUGGUGGGGUGAACAAGAAAACGUUGAAAAAGAAACAUAAAAUUGAAAAAGCAAUGGCAACGAUAAAGGUAGUGACCUACAUUUCUGUUUAUACGUAUUUACGCAAUCUUACAAAACUUAACUGCUGACGAUUUUUUUGCCUUUAAAAAUUACUAUUGACUGCAAACGACGAGCCUUUGUUCCUACCGGCACCUCUGCUGGGAAGGAUCGAAAACUGGACCCGAAAAAAUGGCGUAGAUCGAGCUCAGUCAUGUACAAUCAAGGAUGUCAAUUUAUUUCAGAAUAACGUUACUCUAAAAUCUGUUUUUCAGAAACAAAAGAAGAAACACAAAAAUCCAUCAGCGGUAAACUUUUCAGCUCUUCAUCUCAUUAAUGACCCCCAGGGUAAGACAUACAACCACGCAAAUGAAAAUGUAUUUAACAAUGUUAACACUUUUCGCAAAGCUACUGCAAAUCUUUUACCCUCAGUGUAAAGUGAUCAGUUAGGAAAUAUAACUGAGCCAGGGUUCAAUAACUUUUCUAGUGGCUGCCGAUAGCGCGGUAGGCGACAGUGCCCGGAAAGGGACUGCAAGGCGAAACGCAAACACGAGACCUUGCUCGCGAGCUAAACAGAAGGCGGAGGGAAGUCUUACAUGCGGCUGUAGAUGGCCGUGAACCGGCUGUUAACCCUUUAACCCUAAGAGUGAUUAGCAUCUAAUUUCUCCUCACAAUUUCACCCCCAAAUCACACAUGAAGGUCACCAGAACAAAGGAAAUAAUUACCAACGAAAGAAGCUCUCGAUUGUUAAGCAAGUUCUCCUUGUCAGCACCUUAGGAAAUGUAUUGAGAACAGAAUGGAGAAUAUGCAUACUGAUGUUAAGGGUGUAAAGGAUUAUUGGUCUUGACAUCUGUUUUGGCUUGAUUUAACCACCGGAAGUUAAAAAAAUAAAUAAAUGAAAAAUAAAUAAACGAAAUGAAAUAAUAAUGGAAAGGGUGUUUGGCCAUCCUUGUGGAUAAAGGUCUCUUCCGGGUUUGCCAUUGAAUUGCUAAAUGGAAUUUGUGUCAAACAAAGCUUGAUGAACAUGUUAUAUAACCCACAGGUUUCAGCGAAAGGCUGUUUAAGCAGCUUGAAUCAUCAACGGAAAGAUUUGAAGUGAAACUGAUGAUGAUGGACUUGAUAUCAAGACUUGUUGGGAUUCACCAGGUGAGUCGGACAUGUUGUCUACAGGACUUAAACCAAACUGAACAAUUUACAUCAUAAAGCAUUUGAGUGUCAAAAGCGAUUUGGAUCGCAAAAGCAAAAUGGAUCGCAGUAGUUUUGCUUUUUAUCGCUCUGUGAUUGGUCUGGAAAAUCCGUGCAGCUCUCUCAACCAAUCAGAUGGAUUGUUUUUUCUUUUCAUCGCCCUCUGAUUGUUCUAGAAAAUUCGCACCAACUUCUCAACGAAUCAGACGCAAAACUAGUACUACCGCGCCUGUUGCUUUGAGUUCUUGGCUCCUGUGAUAGCUUCCUCCGCUCUCGUUCGUCUUUGUGAUUACCUUGGAUAUGGUUGCCCAGACACUAAAUCGAACCCCUUGCGAAAUGUUUGUCCUUUUACUCUUAAGAUUUAAAAAAAAUCCCUUUUCUUUAACGUUUAUCGUACUUUGCUUACAUUUUUAUCCAGCAGAAUUUGGUGUAAUAUUAAAGAGUAUCCCAUAGUUAAUAUUUUUCUUUUCUGUCAUUGCGUUUUUGGUUAAUUAAUUGUCAUUUUCACUCUUGUUUUCUGUCAGCUUUUUCUGUUCAAUUUUUAUCCUUUCGUCCAACGAUAUUUGCAGCCACAUCAGAGAGGUAACUUGGUGAAAACUUUGUUAUUGUCUUCGAUUAAUAUUUAGGGAUUUUAUCUUUGAAUUUAAAUAGAGCUAAAAAUAAGGAAAAAAUGUCCUCUUUUCGGUUUUUGUCGCAUAAAGCGACUAAAAGUAUUGCAACUCCCCUUUACCGUACCAUGGGAUAGUCAGGUUUUGGAGACCUCGGUGCUACACAAGUCCCUGAAAUGUUCCCCUCCCGCCUCACCUGUUUGCUGUUGCAGUUACGCCAUCUUCAUGUUAACUGUGCGCUGAUGAAAUGGCCAACCACCCAGAACAAGAUUUUGUGUCCUCUCGUCCUAAUGAGUCCCUUUGGAUAUGCCUUUAGUGUCCAAUUCCCCCCAUGACUAAAGAUAUACCUUAUAAGUUGUAUUCGGUAUUCUUUCAAUUAUGCUGUCAUUUUGUUUUCAUGAUAUGUAGGUCUACAUAAAUACUCGUUUAUUUUGUAAUUCAACAGAAGUGACCAAACUACUGACUUACUUUGCUCAGGCUUGUCAUGAUUUGGUUCCUCCUGAGGUUUGUUGUCACGAGCAUUUAAACUUAGAGUUAGGUACCUUUACGAGAAAAUAACGGUAAAUAGAGGACGUCCCCUGUUGCAUGUCUUUAGAUAUGCCGAUUCUGAUGAUUUUUUUUUAUUUAAUAGUAUCUAGAACGGAAGUUCGUUUUCCGGAACGUUUGCAUCAUGGCUAAAAUCUAUCCGAUGCCCCUCUACUGAGAGCAAUAUAAUAGCGGAAAACUUGGAGACUGGUUUUGUCGAUGAAAAAGAAUAAUUAUUCGUCAAAAAAGGAAAAUUAGAGAAUGCCUUAGCGCAAAUGUUUGGGAGACAACCUUUCUUGUCCGUUUGAAACUAAAAUAACUUUGGUCGAAUUCACACAUCCCAGCCAACGCAUUGAUGGUUCCUCUCGGUUCCCAGCGUUUUCUCUUGGUAACUGAGGUCAACGGGAAAACGUUUCAUAGAUUGAUAUUUGUCGUUAUCGAUAGAUAAUUUAAUCCCAUGUAUAUAUCUUCAUGGACGAAUUUGGUUGGGAAGAUGGCUUGCAAUUCCAGACUGACCAAAAUCUAUCGAUUAGUUCCAACCUUGAUAAAUCUAAAUUAUGUAUGAAAUUAUAUCGAUUAUUUGUGUUGCUACACCUCUAGGUGUGGAUUAUUUUCAAGAUUAGUGUUUAAUUACUUAUUUAUUUCAUUAUUCACAUUCAUGUUCGUCUUAUAAGUAAUUAAUUACUUUUCUCUCAUUCAUGUAUGCCCUUCUAAAGAUUCAUUUUCGAGAUGUUUAUUUUCUAUAAUUACGUGUUUGCUUGUCCGUUUUCUUUUUUCAGGUUAUCGAGUCAGGUUUAAAAGCGAUUGUAAAUAAUUUUGUGACUGAAAGGAACUCUAACGAAGUAAUGGCCGUUGGGUGAGUUUCUGUCGUGUGUCGCUGUGGUGACGAUUUAGUUAUUUUUUUGUGGCAGGUUUUUGUUGAUUGUUAUGGGAUUGUUUUCUCAAAGCAGUUGCGCUAUCUAGGUUUGUUAAGAAGACAUUUCAUUGACAGACACGCGAAGUUUUCAAAUGAACGACAUACUUCCACACUAAAGAACUCACAAACUUCCUCUGACUGCUAAUAACACGCCGCACUCUUCCAUCUAGUUUGAACGCUGUCCGCGAAGUUUGUGCAAGAUGUCCCUUAGUAAUGACAGAUGAGUUACUUCAAGAUUUAGCGCAGUACAAGACAUCUAAAGACAAAAGUAAGUUGUCCUACAAAACACGUUCCCCUGUCUCUCUCUCUCUCUCUCUCCUGUCAGGGAAAUCUCAAAUGUUCCUUUGGCUAUUUGAAACCAGAUAUCAUUCAAAUCAUGGAGGACUCAUAGGGAUGGAGGUUUUUUUUUUGGGGGAAUCACAGUCAGGGGAACAUAGGGGGAAUCAGUCGUCGCCAACAGAGUAUUCAGGUAAAUUUUUACUGUGACACAACCAAAAUCCUCCGACCCCUCCCUCCCCUCCAGGCGAUAGAUAGAUUAUCGUUCCAGUGACUCCUUGCGAACUGCUCUAUUUUGUUUUUCAUUAUAAAAUUGUGAUAAUGGAUUUGGAUUUGUUAUUCACAGGUGUUAUGAUGGCAGCGCGAUCGCUUAUUCAGCUCUUUCGGUCCGUGAAUCCAACUCUUCUUCACAAGAAAGACAGGGUAAGUAAAGAAUUCUGUGCAUAACUUUUCAAAUCCUACGAGUGACUGAAGUAUAAUUUCUUCUUACAAUGUCACUAAUGAAUCAAACACGGAAGUCAUGAGAAAUAACGAAAUAAUAAUCGACCUAAGAAGCUCCUGAUGGUUAACAAAUGCUCCAUGUCAGCACCAUGCUGACGCUGGGAAAACGCGUCGACCAAGUCGUGAUUGGUUUUAGUUUUUCGUCUAAUUGGUUGGGAGAGUGGCACGAGUUUUCUGGACCAAUCACAGAGCCAAAUGAAACAAAACCAAUGCAAUGCCGGAUUACUUUCGACACUAUUGAAAAGAGCUCUAUCCAGCGGUAUAUAUCAGGGAAAUUUUGCUUAUCUGUUUUUAUUUCGUGCUAAAUAAGGGCAAACCAACAGAGGCAAGUAAAGAGAUGACAGUGAAGCAGUAUGGAGAGCUAAAAACAACAGACUUCGUUCCAGGGACAGAGGUAAAUUGUUCGCGUAGAAGAGAUGAAAGAAUUUCGAAACCUGUGCACCAUCCGUGGGAUUGUGGUUUAAUGUUACUGCGAAACCCUGUUAUCCUCUAACAGUGAUCCUUGAUAUACAUGAUAAUUCAAAGACUUGGUAUUUAUUGUGAUUAUAUGACUACUCUGUAAGAGACAGAGUGAUGUUUGUCAUCGACGGGGACUUGACUCGGUAGAUGUUCACCUCACCCCACGAGCUUCACAAUUGGAUAGCUUGAACGCAGCCACUCCUCCCACAAUCUUCUAAUGCCUGCUAAAUUUUGUUCCUCUCAACCUCGUUUUGGGUUAAACUGACCUUCUCCCCAAAUUCCCCCCUCCAAUAGGCCAAGAAGCUAAGAUUUAACUUAUUAUCGAGGAUUGCCCCCCUACCCUCCCCACCUCCCGUUAUUUUCUUUGAGGGGAGGACACUGCACUGUUUUGUCACUCGAUUGUCAGUCUGAUCUCGCGACGUGAGUUGAUGAAUGAUGUAGGUAACAACUCAAUACUUUAAUUGCAACAGGUACUUGAUGAUGAUCAGGAUGAAGAGAAGCAAAACAAUGACGAAAACCAAGGUAAAUUUGAUUUCAUUAGAGAUCCAGCGUCAUAUCACUUGUUGUUCAUUCUUCCUUUCAGCAAAAUUAUUAGUGAUGGAAAGGGGGAAGUCGUGGGAAUAAUAACCUCAGUACAAUUAAAACCAAAAGAAUAAGAAAAAAAAAUUAAUAAGGAAAAAAAAAAGGAAAAAAGGCUGUUUCGGUCCAUGUAUGGCAUAGCUUAUGUGAUAGCUUUGGGUUCGCACAAACAGAGAUGCAGAGGUCUAGAUAUAUCUAACGCUGUAAGUGCUUUUACUAGCUAAAAGUAAAUGUAUACACUAUAAAACUACAACGGCGAGAGUUUUUUCCCCUAGACGGGUGGGAGAGUGACGAAGAUGAUGACGACGAUGGUGAAUGGGUGGAUAUUUAUCAUUCAUCGGACGAAGAGGAAGAGGUGCAGUUUGUCUAUUUUAGAUUUGUUGGUUUGAAUGUUUGCUUUUAGUUGACCUGCACUUUUAUGUUGUUACUUUUCAUAAAAGUUCAAAGCGAAACUAAUUUUGGAGUACUAGAAUAACUUAAUGGAGAUGUAUUCCUGUUUUAAAGAGUUUUAUACACUGCGCUUGGUUAGUUUAUGUUGUAGUGCACCGGACUGCCGUGUGGCAGGUCGAGGGUUUAAGUACCAGACCGGACCAAUACUCAGGGUCUUAAAAUAACUGAGGAAAAUUUGCUAUUUUUGAUAUAACAUCCGCAAAUGGUUGGACAUUUUAGUCCCUUCGGGUAAGGACGAGAAACUGUAGGUCACGUCUCUUACAUCUUCUCUGUACUGGUUAGCAGGGGACGUUAAAGAACCCUCACACUUCUCGCAAAGAGUAGGGAACUUAGCCUACGGUGUUGUGAUCUGGUCUUGUUAUUGUUUAUACAGGUCCCCAUGGUAACCAGCUUUAAAAGCUGAACGGGGCCAGCCUGUCUCAAUAUCGCAAAUAAAUAAAUUCACUCAGAUGGUAGUAUAUUGUACCUACAGUAAAGAAAAACAAGACCAAUCAACAACGACCAAUCAAAAGAAAGGAAAAUACCUUUAAGAACCAAUGAGAAUCAAAGUAACCACAAGCAAACUACCUAAAGCGCGGGAAAACGCGGGCGACCAAGACGAAAUCGAUCUUAGUUUUGCGUCUGAUUGGUUGAGAGAGUGGCGCGAGUUUUCUGGACCAAUCACAAAGCAGCGUAAAGCAAAACCACUGCAAUCACGGAUUACAGUACUGUAAACACUCAAUUGGAAAUAGCCCUGUCAGGGUCAAAAUUACACUCGUAAAAACAUGUUAAGGUAAUGAUCUUUGAUGCCCAGUUGGCACCCUGUACAUAAAAUAUGUUUUGUCUUUAAUCAAUUUGAACAGAAUGAGCUGCAGGAUGAGCUGCAGGAUGAGGAAGGGGAAGAAAGCAACGAAGAGAAUGAAGGAGAAGAUGAAAGCGAAGACUUGAAAACCAAGGCAGCAAGAAUAAGCCAGUCAAGAGUAAGAAAUAUUGUUCGCUUCUUGCGUUAUUUCUCCUCAAUUUUCCUUUUUUUUUUUUUUUUUUUUUUUCAAAGCGCUGUUGCGGAGUAUAACUGUAUUAUGAGUUAACACCGCUUCCAAGGCUGGUAGACAUUACCAGCAGAUAAAAUAAAAAUUUUUGCUGACAUAGUGAGUGAGUUAACACCGCUUCAAAGGCUGGUAGACAUUACCAGCAGAUAAAAUAAAAAUUUUUGCUGACAUCGUGCUUAAAUCAGCCAAGACUUCAUUUGUAUUUCGAAAUGGCGACUCGAGCCUGUGACGCUCAUGAUUCAGUCAAUAUUAUUAAUGUAAAUAUCAUCACUUUUUUGCUGCUUAAAUAGCCUUGUUCAGUUAUUCAUGAUAACUCCACAGGCCUCCACAGCCAAAGAGGUGCCCGAUAGUCAUUAGCAGAGACUUUGUCAUGAUAUAGAGCCUCUUAUAUCAAAUAAAGGGUUUAUUUGUUUGUUUGCUCGUGUUUAUUUGUGGCUUUUAUUUCACGAAGCAUAUCUAUUGUUUACCCUUUUUCUGUAGUUUCUCACAGAUGACGACUUCAAGAAAAUCAAGAUGCGUGAAAUCGCACGUCAGAUUGACCCCAAAGCGGGUAAGAAGCGAAAGAGGACUUCAGACACCACUGAGCCAGCUGAAAGGUUAGUAUUUCUCUGUGAAUAAUAAAAUAUCUAUGAGCUGUGGAGACGACAGUUUAAUGUAUAUUGGGGUGGUAACAAAAAACAUCUGGCACACUCGUUUUUGUGGCUACUACCUCUUGUAGGAGGCAAAGUUACAUAUUUCGUCGAGAUGAGUGAGUCAGUGAGUGUCACAACAGAAUUACGAUCUAGACCCAAUUUUGACCCGAUGUUCCCGGUGCUACUUAUUGUUUGUUUCGGAGUAUCUUAGUAGUUCGGACAUUCGCACUCAAUACACAGGCUAAAUCUGCAGGAUACCUGUAUUGCUGUGAGUUGGAAGUCUCGAGCUUCCCUUUUCCCUAGUGUUGUUUCUUUUACAGAUUUCUAUGAACGUUUCAACUAUCUUGCAAGACCACGGUUGUUUCUUAUGUUUUCCUUGAAAAUUUUGCGCGGGAAAGAAGCGCAUGCUCGACGUUUGACCGCUGUGCUACGCGCUGGUUUAUUUACCAACUCAUUUCCUUUCAUGUGUAAUUCUAUUCGCCUGUAUUUUAGGUUUGUUGGUUUGACUAUUUGGGUGCUUUUAUAUUCUUUAGCUCAUUUAUUUGUUUGUUUUCACCUCUUUUCACAGAAACGAACUUAUUUCCGUGGGAGACAUCGAAAAUAUUCACAAGAAGAGGAAACACGAUAAAGAAUCCAGACUCGAGACCGUGAUUGUAAGUAGUCAGGAACUAACGGUAGAUCAAUACUGUUAUUCUCUCCUUAUGGUACUGAAUAAGAGAAUUUGUUUGACAAUCAGGGGCUUCUUGUAACUGAUGAUCAUUUCCUUUAUUCUUGAGACCUCUGUAUUUCAUUCAACGGUAAUAUUUUAAGGAGAAUUAGAAGUCAGUCUUUCUUAUGGAAUGAAGUGUUAAAGAAUUAAACGCAAUGCCAGUAUGAUCCGAACUUUAGCCACUUAUUCGAGAGGUCUGGCCCCGUUUAUUCAAAGGUUGUAUAACGCUAUCCUUUGGAUAAAUCACUAUCCGGUGGAUAGCGCAGUACGGUUUCUUAAUAGUUAUCCUCUGGAUAGCGAUUUAUCUGUUGGAUAGCGUUAUCCACUCUUCGCACAAAUGGGCUCUAGUUUUACUUUUAUUCGACACAAAUGACGUUGAAGGCGUAUUUAAGUGAAAAUUCAUCUUGUUCGACCUUUAGAUAUGGUGUGACAAAUUUAGCUCUACAGGUAAAUUGCAAGGUAAGAAAAAGGCCUUCGAAUAGCUAUAGGUCAAUAUUAGAAAAACUUAACCGUUGUCCAGGGAAAAAUAGUUCGAUUCUCGUCAAGAGCCACAAUUUUAUCAAGUUUCGAUGUCGUCUAGGACCAAUCAUAAUUAUUUCUAAAGGGUAAGGGAAUAUGUGAUUCGUUACCAACGAAUGUGUCUUCAUAUAGACUGUAGAUGAGGCAACUUUAAACCACCGGCUUUUAACGUUUUCGUAGCCAUUCCAUACAGAAUCAUACAUCAUUUUACUGCAUUGUUUUAAAGUAUCUUCGUAAAAAAUUUUUUAUUGAAUCCUCCUUACUAAUUGAGUUGAAGGUCCAUACUGUAAAUUAGGGACCGUGUCUUUUCUUUUCCACUCGGACUUAUGGCCUAAGCACCAAGCGCGCGGGUCACAAAUGUGAGCGGCAAAAACUGAAUCGGUUCCGUGACUUACAGUACGACCCAAGAAAACGAGGUUUGUAACUGAAGAUAUUGAUCAUAUCUGAGGGUUCAAAUAGAAGGGGAAGAUUCCAAUUCAACCAAUUUUUGACUAUAGCAGGCCGCACAGUGAAAUACGUGUCGCUAAAUUGACCAAUUAUAGCUUACGUACCAACUGAGAAGUAAAAUAUGCAAGUUUUGGAAUGACAAACGUUUUGAAUACCUGAACUUUGGCAAGGAUCGUUAGAUGCGCUUAUUUCCAAAGAAACAAGAACCCCGAAAUCACUCAAGUUGACUUAAAGAACACCAACUGAUAAAGGUCAAACAUGACGUAAAUGGCGAUCAGAAAACGGUCGAGGGAAUUUUUUCACCGUCUGCUUUCAGCCGUCAGUGCACACGGACUAAAAUAUCUGCAUUAGUUGUCGACUACUAGGGGUUUGAAUCAGGGUUUAUUUAAUGAUAAAGGAAAAGUAAGCACCCUAGGGGUUAUUUUUGACGUUUGUCGUUGUCUCUAACAAGAUGUUUAAAUUCACUGAUCUCUAUUUCCGUUUCGAAUUUCACUUGUGGUCUCAGUCGGCGACUUGCUCGUUUCUGUAAUUGUCGUUUAUAGAUUUGCUGUUUCAAACAGGGUGAUGUGUUAAAUAUUAACGCUUUUUUUUUUGUUAUUCUCUAAACGUGCAGCAUGAAGGCUUUUAUUCUUCACAGCGGCACAGUUUGCGCAGGAAAUUGCAGACAUUGCUUCACGGUAGUACGUGUGCUAUCUCUGUCCAUCUUUGCACAAUACUCUUUGGAGGUCACGAUUUGUUUUUAAUUAAGGAAAUCGCAGUGGUUCCUUUUCAUAAGCGGAAUCUUGAGCGCUCUGCUAAACUGCUGGUAGAAGUUGCUUUCCUGUGUUAAGAGUUCCUUUGCAUGCUCCGCCGCUGGUAACCCGAUUAAGGCGUGUUCUAAUCCUGCCUGAUAGUAUGGCUUACAACUUCCUUUGUGUCUCUUUACAUGAGAUGAAGCUCACAUGGUGGGCGCGCGCGCGAUAACGCGUGUGGAAACGCAUGCCGCACUCGUAAUACGCGCGCGGAGGUGAUUGCAUUGUUUGGUGAUGUUAGGCAGGAGCCCAUUACUUGGGCUCCUGUGUUACGUAAUUAUCUUUGAUUAUGAGUAACAUAUCCCUCUGAAAUUUUUAGCUAAAUUUUGAAAAAGAAAAAUUGUUCUCCACGGGAACUCUUGCUUUCGUUUGCCGUAGCCCCCCAUGUUGCAAUUAGAUUCCAUUCAGCUUUUGAAAAGAGUCUUUCUUGUCCAAGUCGUGAUUUUCUUGUGAUUAUCUUGUGCUUAUCCGCCGUUUAUCGUCAGUUGUGCCCGUUUUUUAGUUUAGAAACUUAUCAUGUGGAAUUUUUAUUGCCCGAUGAAUUCGAAUUUUCCACGAUUUGCCGCUUGCCGUUGAUUUGCAAGUAAACAGGAACAGGUUAUAAGUACUUAGCGGUAGCAGAAGUAUUCUCCUGCUCUGCUAAAACGGAACUCGUGGAGUUGUAGUAACCGGGACGUGUUUCAAAAGGUGAAGUGUAGCGUGACUCGUUUCCCGUCAUCAAUAAAUACCCGCGGGCUUGAAAUUAGCAUUUUCUCCGCCACCCUCUCCCGGCACCUAACCUACCCUUAUACCAAGAGAAACAUGAAGGAAGUAAACAGGAACUAUAAGAGGGCACUCUUUUAGAAAAAUGGUACACGAAAGGAUUAACUUUCAGUCAAAAGUGGAAAAUAACUGGGGAAAGGUUGGACCCCUGGGCGGAAACCCCUCUUUCCACCCCCCCCCCAGUCCUUUGUACACACAAAUACCCAGGUUAACAUUUUGUAAUUUUGUAGCAUUCUGUUGCGUCAGAGGGAGGGGAGUGUUUCACUGGAGUAUAGAACGAUCUCUUCAACUCACGCCGAAAAGAGAAAUCGUCAAAGUUAAGGAAACCACAAAAUUUAAGCAUGUAAGGGGUGGGGGGGGGGAAGAAAGAGAUAUUAAAGAUGUAUGUUACCUGAAGAGAGGUAGCUGUGAUAUUCCUUAGUGGAGGGAAGUUUACACCGAUUGCCAACUACAGACUUUGCGCAUUUGGGCUGCUUUUCCCAUAAUGCACAGAUCGAAGGGUCGCAUUUAUAAAGUAAAACACCAGCAGCUUUUGCAAGAUUGGGGCUAACAUUGUAAGAAAGGUGAGGGAGAACGUCAAGCCUAACCCUUUAACUUCCAAGAUUUUAUUGUUAAUUCUCCCCUGUAGCUGCUACACAUUUCCUUGUAUAUAAGUUUUGAGAACUUGGUGCUAGAUCAAGAUAGCAGCUUCUACCUGAUAAGUUUGAAUAUUCUCAUUACCUGUUUGCUAAAGAAUGUAUGGAUAUUGUAGGGAGAAGUUUUAUGUUCAUCACUUCUGGGAGUUAAAGAGUUAAACAUUUCCUCUUUACACGUGGGGUUAUCGCAUGAACUUCCUGCACUUACGGCGGGAAAUUUCCCAGAUUUUAUGUACAGCUUCCUUGUGUUGCAGAAAGAUCUGCUUAUCCCAAGACUUCUUAAAAUAAAUUUUUCUAAACCGUUUCUAUGAUUCCAAUGACUUCACUGUCUCAUCGUAUUCUGAUGGCAAAUGGAGUGGAACAUAAAUUGUCGUUGUAUCAAUGUAGAAUCUGUAGCCUCUUCCUGAUGCCUGCCUGUUAUUCUGUUAUUCGAUCAUAUGUAAGGCCUUGGAAGCUCGUCCGUCUAAUGUUUGUUUUGGAUUUGUUUACCACGAGCAUAUGUCGAUGACACAGUCGGGGUUAACGGCUGAUUUGAGUUAAAAUUACGACCUUUGUCACAGCAUUUGGUGCUAUUUUUACAUCAUUGGCUUUUAAUAGAAAGAAACCUCGUGAAUGGUUGUGUGCUUGGGAAGGAGAUUAAUAAAAUGUUUAGAUUUAACCAUAUAGACACAAUUAUGUGUAAGGUGGCGGAGAUCAUGACACAGAUUUCAAUUGAAGAGCCUGGAAGAUGAAGCCAAAAUGUUCAAAAUACGUCAAACUUGAGUGAGCUUCCUUGAGAGGUCAUUUGGAUUUCUUAAAUGACAUCACUACAGGAAGAACAGUUUGAGACCUUUGAAAAACAUUUCCCUUUGGGAAGCCGUGUCUUAAGUGUAAAGAUAUUGAUGCAAGGGGGAAUUUGGAUGACGCACAUGCCACCGGUUGGAUACACAGCAAAAAGGUUCCAACUCUUCCGAAUAAAAUAAGAGUCUAAAAGAAAUACUUCUGAAAAUAUUUCGUCUUGUUGUUAAUAUGAAUUUCACUGAUUCGUGUAACAUGCAUAACCGUCGAACAAAGCGGUUGGGGAUUAGGUUUUGUUAUAGCUCCGCACUGCUCUUUGUAAAUUACGAAAAUGAUUACGUCAAUCACUUUAUUUAGAGACCUGCCAAUACCAUACGAAACUAGCGUGAUCUCGACUCAGACAAGAACUAAAUCACUAUCGUCUGCUUUUCAAUGGAGUCAUACAUACUUGGAUUUGUGGCCACUAACAUUGCAUGCAUGAACAGACAGGAAUACUUUGAAAGCUUAGGCGGCGUUGGCACGUUUUUACUGCUGAGUUUGUUUUGCAAUUUUUUUCUCUUUUCAUUUAUCGUGAUCAAGAUAUUAUACUUCAAGAGCAAAUGAAGGUUCCAGUAUUUUCACUUUUACGUUCAUUGAAGAAAGGGCCGGAAAAAUUAGUCGUCAUAAUCGUGAGCUGUUUGUAAAGUGAUGACGAUAUUUUUGCGUUUAUAAGUUCUCAGACGUAUACAAGUGGUUGAUAUUGAUUAAGUGUGAGACCGGCCGGUCAACAAAUUGCGAAUAGGGAUUUAAAAAUUAAAGGAAAAAAAUAGAGUCACGAACGGAUCGUAUGGUUUUCGCAUUUCUUCUGAUGGAAACUUUACAAAAUGGACAGAAGAUAUCUUCAAAUCCUCUUCUGUCCUCGAAAAUACUCUGACGUGCAUGCACUGAACUUAAAGAUUUGUACGCUUAUCUCAUUGAAGCGACCUCAGGCUGGUCAUUUAGAGAGGUUCAAAUGCGUUUUAAGUGAAGCUCUCGGUUUGCGCAUUCCUAAUCACCAAGUUUGCUUCCUGUCUUAGUCUAGAGUAGAUAUUGGUUGACACAAACGUUGCUUUCUGACUUUCGAAAGCUACAGGCUCUUUACACAAGAUUUAAUAUUUUUAGAAAUUAUGAUCAGAUUCCUCCACAGGGAAGAGGCUUAAUGUUCCCCGUUUCCAACAUGUGGAACCGUAGCUCAGUUGAUAAUAGCGCCCAGUUAGUAUCUGGAAGGCACAGGGUUGAAUCCCAUCGAAGCCUGAAUUUCUUUCAAGGGCUUCUUUCCUGCAAUCUGCUUAAACUAGACCUCUCCUGCGAGGAUUAUUGCUUUACUCGCUCCUUACGCUGUUACUAGGUGGAAGUGUUGGAAAGUUUGUGGAAGUGUUGGAAAGUUUGUGCAAGUUAUUUCCCUGAUGAACGGAUGAUGGAUCACGUGUCUAUCCCAGCAAUAGUGGUUAUGAGAAUAGCACUCCUUCUGUAACUGACCAAAUCUCCGGCUUAGAAAAUCUCAAUACAGUUAAAAUUCACAUACUCGUUAUUUUUCUUUUUUCAGGCUGGUAGACAAGGUAGAGAAAAAUUCGGCUCAAAGAAGGCUUCAAAGAAGCGUCUCAAUCAAUUUGCUAGCACAUCAAACAAGGUCAGUGGAGACUGUUUUUCGUUACAAACAUUUUGGAGCAAUUCAAAGAAAGAGUUUCUCAGAAUGUAUUAAGAAAAAAAGACCAUUUUAUGAAAACCAACUUUUCUGGACAUUUGCAGGAGAAAAGGAAACACAAGAAUUUCAUGAUGAUGCGUCAUAACAAAGAUGUUAGAGGGAAAAACAAACGUUCCUUUCGAGAUAAGCAGGUUGGUUCUUUUAAGCAUUAUUUUUUCUUUAACAGACACAACAGAUUUUGUCAGUCCUUGUCAGUACAGUAACGCUCCAUAAAAAAAAAAAAACUUGAAAAAACUUCGCCAAUAUAAGAAAAAUGCUAAGUGCGUUAUACUGAUAGUGUUUUUUGUCAAGAAUUGUUUUUCAGAGAGGUUCCUAGUCUUACUUGGAGUAUUCAGACAUUCUUACGCUUUGGCACUCUCUCGUCUCUCUCCCUGAUCAGAUGAAGACAUGAAAACGAAAAAGUAGUCGUAUUUAUUUUGAGUAACUAGGUUGUUUCUCUUAGCCUGUUCUUGCCUUUUUCAGUUUGCACUGAGGCAAGCGCUUCUCAAGAACAAGAAAGCGAAAUAGUGUUGAAUGUCCAGAGUCGAAACUGUCGGGAAGUUUAAUCACUGAACGUUGUGACAGCUCAGGUGGUGAAGUUGAAUUCGUAGUUCCCCUGGAGAGUAUUCUCUAGUGAAGUGGCUAGAUCUAUGUGAAAAAUGCUGUACUUGAGUAUUUUCGUCAAGGUUGUGAAGUGAGACAGCAUUUUCAAUUUGCUUGAACUUGGAAAUGAGAUGAAAACUGAAAGGGCACAAAAGAAAUACUAAUGCCUUUUUAUUGUAUCUCAAAAUGAAUGAAUAAAAAUGGAAGUGGU